AUGCGUUUAAAAGACCUCAAACCAUCUGCCGCCCUUGUUGCGACCUUUCUCGUCGCUCCCGAACUAUCCUCAGCUUUCUACCUUCCUGGUGUUGCGCCGACAUCAUACUCACCCGGCGCCAAAGUCCCCUUAUAUGUGAAUCGACUUACACCUGUCGGUUCUUAUGACGAUGGCCAAUUAAGAUCAGUAGUAUCUUUCGAUUACUAUCACCCGGCCUUCCAUUUCUGUAGACCAGAUCCAAAACCAGAAUAUGUCUCGGAAAGUUUGGGUAGUAUUCUUUUCGGUGAUCGCAUCAUGACUUCGCCCUUUAACCUGAAGAUGGGAGUCAACGAGACGUGUAAACAACUUUGCGAAGAGAAGAAGUUUGAUCAAAGCUCGGCACAUUUUGUGAACAGAAGGAUACAGCAGGGUUUUGCGAUGAAUUGGUUAGUUGAUGGUUUGCCAGCAGGACAAUUGAUUGAGGAUGAAAUCACACAAACGAGGUUCUAUAGUCAAGGAUUCGCAUUGGGGAGUAGCGAUCAGAAAGACAUGCACUUGAACAAUCACUACGAUAUCUUUAUCGACUAUCAUGAGGUAUCUGCUGGUCAAAUGAGAGUUGUUGGUGUUAUUGUUCAACCUUCGUCGAGGACAAUGAAUGAAAAUCCAGGGGACCCAGAAUGCGGUGCUGGUGGACCGCAAGUGGUACUUUCAGAAUCUGGAGAGACAGCUGUCACGUAUUCGUACAGUGUCUGGUGGCAACCUUCAACAACAGCUUGGGCUACCAGAUGGGACAAAUACCUCCAUGUUUUUGAUCCAAAGAUUCAUUGGUUCUCUCUGAUCAACUCCGCCGUCAUUGUGGUAUUUCUCGUCAUCACAGUCCUUUCGAUUCUCAUGCGAACUUUGAGAAAAGACAUUCAAAGAUAUAAUAGACUCGAUUCGAUCAACCUUGAUGACUUAUCAGGAACAUCUGCUGCUAUCGAAGACGGAGUUCAAGAAGAUUCCGGAUGGAAAUUGGUACAUGGAGAUGUAUUCCGUACACCAGGACGUCCAUUGAUUUUGAGUGUAUUUCUCGGCAAUGGAGCUCAAUUGUUUGUUAUGACGGGCUUUACAAUUGCAUUUGCACUUUUGGGGUUCCUUUCACCAUCCAAUCGUGGAUCUCUUGGUACUAUUAUGAUCCUUCUGUAUACUGUACUCGGUUUUAUCGGAGGAUAUGCCUCAGCCCGUGUAUACAAGUCUUUUGGUGGUGAACAAUGGAAGCUCAACAUUGCCUUGACUCCAACACUCGUCCCGGGUAUCGUCUUCAGCACAUUUUUCCUCCUCAAUCUCUUUCUUUGGGCCAAAGAAUCUUCUGGAGCAGUACCAUUCACAACAAUGCUCGUCAUUGUUGCCAUAUGGUUCUUCUUCUCCUUACCUCUAUCGUUUGCCGGAAGUUGGGUUGGGUUCCGUCAACCACCUAUCGCUUCUCCGGUCCGUACCAACCAAAUACCACGUCAAAUUCCUCCUUCCACGUCGUACAUGCGUCCAAUUCCAUCCAUGCUUCUCGUAGGUAUCUUACCAUUUGGAGCAAUCUUUGUUGAACUUUACUUCAUCAUGUCCUCCAUUUGGUUUUCAAAGGUUUACUACAUGUUCGGCUUCCUCUUUUUAUGUUACGGUCUCAUGAUCAUCACCUGUGCUGCUGUCACCGUUCUUAUGAUAUAUUUCUUGCUUUGUAGCGAGAAUUACCACUGGCAUUGGAGAGCAUUUAUGACGGCCGGUGCUAGCGCUGGUUACGUGUUUGCAAAUGCCAUGAUCUACUGGGUGACAAAACUGCAACUUGGUGGCUUGGCGGGUAGUGUACUUUACAUUGGGUAUAGUGCAUUAAUCUCGUUUUUGUUCUUCAUCCUUACUGGUUCGAUCGGAUAUUUUGCUUGUUGGGCUUUUGUCCAGAAGAUUUAUGGAUCUAUCAAAAUCGAUUAG